UCUUGCUCUUCAGUUUCCACUCAAACUCAAAUCUCCCUGAGAUUCUUCACCUCUCGCAUUCAAAGGAGAAAAAUUAAAGAAAACAAACCUGUAAUCUCUCAUCAUAUAACAUAAUUUGUGGGCAGCAGAAACUAUCUAACUAACGAUGGCAACUGGCUACGGCUACGACGACGCCCCGGGCGAUUACGAAGGAGCAGCUGAUGCUCGCGGUUCCCAAGACUUUGCCUAUGAUCCAAACUUCGUACCUGACUCCGUUAAGACGUUCGUGGUUCACCUGUACCGCCACAUUCGUGAGAAGAAUGUGUACGAGAUCCACCAGAUGUACGAGACGUCCUUCCAGAGUCUCUCCGACCGUCUCUUCAAGGAUACACCAUGGCCCUCCGUUGACGCCGUUGCCAAUUACGUCGACAACGAUCACGUCUUUUGCCUUCUUUAUCGAGAGAUGUGGUUCCGCCACCUGUACGCCAGAUUAUCACCCACUCUUAAGCAGAGGAUUGACUCUUGGGACAACUAUUGUAGCCUGUUUCAGGUGGUGUUGCAUGGAGUGGUGAAUAUGCAAUUGCCCAACCAGUGGUUGUGGGACAUGGUGGAUGAGUUUGUUUAUCAGUUUCAGAGUUUCUGUCAGUAUAGGGCCAAGAUGAAGAACAAGACAGAACAGGAGAUUGCGCUUUUAAGGCAGUAUGAUCAGGCUUGGAAUGUGUAUGGGGUGCUGAAUUUCUUGCAAGCACUUGUGGAGAAGUCCAUGAUCAUUCAGAUUUUGGAGCAGGAAAAGGAAGGGAUUGAGCAAUUUACCGCAACUGAUGGUUAUGAUUACAAUGGAGGGAGUAAUGUGUUGAAGGUUUUGGGCUAUUUCAGUAUGGUGGGUUUGCUGCGAGUUCAUUGUCUUCUGGGUGAUUAUCAUACUGGUCUCAAGUGCUUACAGCCGAUUGACAUUACACAACAAGGUGUUUACACCAGUGUUAUAGGAAGUCACAUUACUACAAUAUAUCAUUAUGGGUUCGCCAAUCUUAUGUUGCGCAGGUAUGUGGAUGCCAUUCGUGAAUUCAAUAAGAUUCUCUUGUACAUUUACAAGACCAAGCAAUUUCAUCAGAAAUCUCCACAGUAUGAGCAGAUUCUAAAGAAGAAUGAGCAGAUGUAUGCUCUGUUGGCAAUUUGUCUUUCCCUUUGCCCCCAAGUGAAGCUUGUAGAGGAGACUGUGAACUCACAACUAAGGGAGAAAUAUGGGGAGAAGAUGAUCAGAAUGCAAAGAUAUGAUGAUGAGGCAUUUUCUAUCUACGAUGAACUCUUCUCGUAUGCAUGUCCUAAGUUCAUUACCCCCUCAGCACCAAGUUUUGAGGAGCCUCUUGUAAAUUACAACCAGGUAUGCUCUCUUUAUGUUGUCUGGGCCUCUGUAAUUGUAUGA